AUGGUCUGGUGUGACGAUGACGAGUGUAAUCAGGCGCAGUCGGAGCGCUUCACGCUCCACCGGGCGUCUGCGUCGCGGCUCGUCUCAAACCUGGCAACCGCCGCUCGAGAAGGAAGCGACUCUGUGGAUCUGAGACACGGCGCUCUGAGAGGGGCCUUUGAUAGCGAUGCCAGGGCCAUUACAGACGGGCCUCGACCUGCUCGGGAUCAGGACGAGUUACUGCGCACGAGUCGGGAACCCAAGACUGACACUUUCAACUCCAGAAUCCGAGGCUUUGACGUUCAUGAAGAGGACGUGACCUUCACAAAAAUGUCGUCGGUGAAGAAAGACAACAACCUGCAGCAAAAGACUGGGACUAAAACUACAGUAUGA